CGGAGCGUCUCACGGAGCUGAGCCGGGUCCGGGUGAACUUGUCCCGGGUUGUCGAGGCUGUGGUCGCGCGGCGGCGGCUGGAUGUUUAGCGACGACACAACAACAACAGCAGGAGGAGAAGGAACAAUGUCCGGAGUUGUGACCUCCUCAUAAACAGCCUGUGGUUCCGACCCGGCUCCGCUUCACUUCCCCCCACCGAGGAGAACACCGGAGAGCGGAGAGGAGACAUGGCCGAGGCUCGCUCCGAGGAGGAGGAGGAAAACAUGAGGGAGAGCCGGGAGCAAGUGGUCCGACGACAGCCGCGCACCUCCGGAGGUCGUUCUGAGAGACGCAAGCCCGAGCAUCGUCACAGCCAGGGUCCCCUCUCGUCCAUCAGAGCUGCCAUCAAAAGAACCUCCACCAGGUCCACCUCUCUCUCCGAGACGUCCAAUACCAGAGAGCGAGACAGGGACCGAGAGCGAGAGAGGAGGCGACCGGAGAUCACCAUCCUGUCUGCUGAGCCGCUGGCCUCCACCUCCUGGUUCCCAGGGGCCUCUGGGGGUUUCCCACCACCCCCUCCUCCUGCCGCACAGAUCUGGGGACCCACAAUCCCUCCGUCCAUACAGCCGCCUCCUUCGUACGAGGAGGUAAUCAGGGAGAAGACACAGGAGCAGGUUCUCCUUCCUUCUUCUUCUUCCUCUUCCUCUUCAUCCCCAUCUUCAUCCUUAACACGUCCGAUUUCCACAACAACAAUCGCCACACAGACUGACCCAGGAUCUGCCCCUGAUCCACAAGACCCUCAGGUGAGCAGACCGGUGAGACCCCCCCGACCCUCCCCUCUCUCCAAUCCUCCCAAAUCAUCUCCCGUCGAUGACAUCACCACCACCGCCAGCCAAUCAACACCCACAUCCCUGAACAGUGACUGUGUCGGAACAAACACGGAGCCCGAGACGGUCCCUCACGCCUCGGCUCUCACACAGUGCUGCAACGUCCUCACGCAGCUUGGUUCACCUUUGACCUCGACCACUUGUGCCCAAACUGACCAGCGGGAUCAGGCUUUUACUGCAGUUGACUCUCCUCCCUCCGCUUCUUCUCAAGUCCCGCUGGAGCGUCCUAGACCACGCCCUCGCUCUAAGCUCGGUGUCCAGCGAAUCAGCAGGAGCGAGGUCAAAGUUCAGACUUUGGUGAAGCUACGUGAGGACGGUUACGCCACGCUCGCCGCCCGUGCUCAAGCUGACUCCACCAACCCAGAGGUUAGUCAGGGGAAGUACCUGCAGGAGCUGCUGGACGCCUUCAGCUCAGACGACUGGGGCUUUCCUGAUCAGCACAGCGACAGCAGCGAGCACAGCCGGUCAGAGAGCGAGGACGAGGACGAGGACAUGGCGGCGCUGAAGGCGAGGAUACAAGCGUUCGAGAAGCAGCAGGUGGCUGAUGGGAGCUGUGGGGAAACUAACGACGGAGACUUUGUUGUGACAAAGAAACCUGAACCCCGGCCACGCCCUCGUCUCCAACCGGCAAAAUCUGCCCCUCCCACUGUCGCUCCAAAACCCAAAAACUUUUCACACUCUUCCAAACCAUCCAGCAAAGUCUUCUGGGAAGAUGUUUGUUUGACAGCAGAGUCGGUUGCACAGGAAACACUUGAGUCUCUCUCUGAAGAGUCAAACGCUGAAACUCCAACACCUCCAGAGUCGGCACCUUGUGUCCUGAAACCUGCUGCAGCACCUUCCAAACCGUCAGUCGCACCAAAACCACAGCCUGCUUCAGAAACACCCCCGUCAUCUAACCUCUCUUCUCCUGCCUCGGCCCCCGUCCCGGCCCCCAGGCCCCCUCCACCCAAACUCACAGCCUCUCUCAGCGAAGCUCCGAACCCCAAACCUCCACCCAGACCUCCAGUCGCCCCCAGGGCCUGCGUCGGAGCAGCACAACAGGACAAGAGCAACACAGCUGGGCAGAGCAUCCCGACUCUUCCCCCGAGACCCUCGGUGGAGGUCAGCGUUGGAGCACAGGCCGAGCCUCAGGCAGAGGAGACGCAGGACGAUGCAAAACCAACUGUGAAAGUAGGAAGUGUUCGUCCAGGCGUCCCGACCAAACCGGCAGCACUGACCUCCCACCGCAGAGUCAGCGUUCCAAAUCUGGCUCCCAAACCUACCGGCACUUCACCAACACCUCCAGAUCCAAACCCGGUCUCAUCCAAAUCUGCAGCUGCUCCGGCUCAGGCCCCCAAACCAUCAGGACCACCGGCUGCCACCACCACACCGGUUCCAGCCAAACCCCCCGUCACAGCUCCGGCUCCGUCCCUGAGGAAAAGCCCUGUGAUCCAGCAGAAAGCAGAAAGUACCAGAGCUGCAAACCCCUCAGACCCCCCACUUCCUCGCCGGCCCUCAGGUGAAAAGCUCCUCCCCCUCCGUCCUCCACCAAUCAAAUCCACUCCUGGGCGCCCGCCACCUCCGGCCGUCAACUCGACCUCCUCAGCCAACCAGAUCCCUCCGUCUUCCAGAGCCAGUCCCGCCCUCUCCGUGUCACCAGCCGCCCAGAGUUCACAGACCACUCCCCCUCCUGUAACAGCCAAUAAGCUGCCGGCUCAGAGGGUCUCAAAAAGAGGACCCCCUCUGCCCCCACGGCCCAAACCUGGACAUCCUCUUUAUACCAGCUACACGAAACAGGAAGUCCUGAUUGUCCUGGACGACCCGCUGCCCUCAGAGCGUCUCCCUGAUGAAGGAGUUGGUCAAACCUCCGUUGUCCCGCUCAUCAACCCAUCACAGUGUCUCCUCGACUUGGACACACAACCAGAGCCUGUCCCUGAUCAGGACGGCCAAUCAAAACCCUCUCUGGAGGACGUCAGCCUAUCAGAGUCACAGUCCAUCCUGCCCGUGCAGCCUCCUGAACAGAAAGAUCAACCGGACCCUCCUCCCGUCAGCGGCCCUCGCUGCGUCGCCUUGUUCGACUACGAGGGAGAGGAGGGCGAUGAGCUCACCUUCUCCCAGGGUGAUGUCAUCGCCCUGCUGGAGCUCAAAGGACCAGAGUGGGGGCGGGGCCAGAUCCACGGGCGAAUAGGAAUAUUCCCCCUGAGCUUCACUGAGGUGGUGGAGCCGCUUCCACAGACGCCGACAUCACUGGAGGAAACCAGUAAGGCCACAGCGAUGGAUACUACAGUGAAAGAAAAUAACGAACCAAAGACCUCACAGGACUCGAACUCUGAGGUGGAGGAGGAGGUGGAGGUGGAGGAGUGGGCUGUGGCUCUGUUUGACUUCCCCGGUCAGACUGAAGAGGACCUGUCCUUCCACAAGGGGGCACUGAUCCGAGUGAUUAAGCACAUUGACACUGAGUGGAGGAGAGGAAGACUGGAGGGGAGGGAGGGGCUUUACCCUGCUGCGUUCACACAGCUACACCAGGUCCAGCCAAUCCCAGACCAGCAGUCGGCCGUUAAAGGGGCGGGCAAGGCUUUGUUUGACUUCACAGCAGAGAGCGAGGACGAGCUCACGCUGAAGGCCGGUGAUGAUAUAACACAGGUGGAGUUUGUGGAUGAGCAGUGGAUUCUGGGAGUUGUUGGUGGGAGACGUGGGUUAUUCCCGAAAAACUACAUUUCUUUUCUCUGACAAGGGGACGAAGAGGAUUUUUAAAGAAAGAUUGACUUCCUGUGUCUGAAGCUGCUCUCGGUCACACGGGCGGGAAACAGCGGCGCCAUCUACAGACGUUUUUUUGUUUUUUUUGGUCUUUUUCUUCCUGGUCAGCUUUUAUCGGCCGUUUGUGACUGAAUUGAAGAAACAAGAAGUCUAGACUUGAUUUUGCCUCGAGACUUUGUCAGUGUCACGACAAAGAAGAAGACGGACCUUUGCUGCCUUAACGAUGGAAUAAAACUGAUCUGUGAUGUUUCCUCUGUGGAACUGGAUUUCACCGUUUUGAGGGAUUUGACUCAUGGACUCUGACGACUGCCCCUUUAAGAGCCUUUACAGCUUCUCCUCUUUGUGUCUGAUGACAGAAAGUUUAACAAAAGACUUUUUUACAUCCUGCGUCAGUCUGCAGCUUUGGAUCGGGACAGUUCCAGCUCAGAGGACGACUGCUUCACUCGUUUUAUCUUUAACGAAGUGGAACAUGCAGAGCGUCUCAUCCGGAGCAGAUCAGAGACUGAAACGUCCAUGUUGUUCAGCCGUGAGACGAGCGACAGGAGACAGACACCGAGCCUCCAGUUGUGACAAAUAUCGACUUUUCUGUUUCCUGAAGUUCUCCCUGGUACGUGUAGAUAUUUAUGAAACAAAGUUAAUGAUUUAUGUUCCCGUUAAACUGGAUAAUUUUACACAAAGAAAACUGAAGUUACUUUUUAUCACUUGUUUCUUCAGUGCCGAAUAUUUUCCAAAACAUUUUUAAACCAUCAUCGCACAACUGUUCAAAAAAAGGGUUUAAUUGAACACAAUCUUUUAUGUGAAGGAGCGAUAACAGAAACAUUUCAAGGUGUCUGAGAGAAACUUGUUUUGCACAUAUGGAGAAUCGUCGGCAGUGAUGAGAAAUAAACUUAAUUGGUAUUAAAAUGAUUAAAUUCAUAUUUGUUUAUAAUCUGGAUUUAGUGUCAUAUAAUUCAUACACAGUGAACUAGAGAAUGUUGUAGUGACGCUUUGUGACGAGUAAUAAAGCCCCAACCUGAAUAGUUAAAUUGUAAGUUUAGUCCACGUGUCAUGUUGGAUUUAUUUUGGUUAUGUUACUAUUCUAGUGAUGUUACAACUUUAUUCUCGUAAAUUACAAGUAUCUUCUCAAUUACGAUAUUAUUUUCAAUAUCUUUGUUUCCUUCAACAUAGAUCCAUUACUCGUUGUAUGAUGUUGAACUUUAGAGUUAACAUUUGUUAUUAUUCACUGAUGUGAGGAGGUUUUAUUUCAGGCUGGUUCUCACGCGUGUAUUAGGACCAUGGAAAACUUACAGUACUUUAACUCUUUCUUUAAUUGUCGCUCAACAUUUCCUUUUCUACAACGACACAUUUCAAAAACAGCAUCUCGUAUUUCUGGACUGAAUCCAGGUCGGUCUCAACAAACUGAAACUUUAUUACUGCAGAUGAAACGUGGACGACUUCCUGUUCUCUAGAUGUCGUCAGUGAUGAUGAAUCUCGUGUGUCACGUGCACGGAUUAAAACUUAAUGAUUAAUGUUUUUACGCAGACAUUAGGAGUUUUGAUUGAGGACGAUACACAGAUAAACUUCUUGUGUCUGUUUUCAGAGUUGUUUAACUUUAAAGCUUCGAGGUUUGAGUUACAGCCAAUCAGAGUUCGAUAGAAAAUCUUCCAGGUUUCAUCUGCAUCAAUGUCAUUCUCUCUCUGUGUGUGUGUGUGUGUGUGUUAAAGUUUUAUGUAUAACCAAACAUUCCAAGUUUUUAAUCCAAAUAAAGUUUUUAGGCAUUUCA